AUGGGUAAGCUUGGUGGUUUCAUCAGGACUCCCACAAAAACAGGAUAUGAUGACAUUCUGAAGCCCCUAAACAGUCCACAAAACAAUGCCAUCAUGGACAAAGAGAAACUGUGGAAGUCCCCCGUGGAGUACACUUUUGAUAGACACGUUGGGCUGAAUAUAAAAGGCAUUGUCUUGAGAGCACUUGACCGGCUCAGACUGAAAUCCUGCAUUGACUUCAAACCAUGGGACAAAAUGGAGGAGUACUAUAUAAAUGUCAUUAAUGGAACAGGGUGUUUCUCUAUGAUUGGAAGAGAAGUGAAAAAUGGACAGAUCUUGCAAUUGGCAGAGGCAUGCCAGCGAAUCUCCAUUGCUGAGCAUGAGUUUCUCCACGCUCUUGGCUUCAUGCAUGAACAUCAAAGAUUUGACAGAGAUGACUUUGUCACUAUUAACUUCACAAAUGUAAUACAAGGACUGGAAGUAAAUUUCAUAAAAGCGGAGAAAGACCAAUACACAACUCAAAGCACUCAGUACGACUACUGGUCUGUGAUGCAUUACGGCCCAAAUGCUUUUUCAAAUGGAAAUGGAACCACAAUAACCACCAAAAACCCCAGGUUCAUGCCCAUUAUUGGCCAAACACUUGGUAUAAGUGCGACAGAUGUUCUGGAACUGAAUCUGCUGUAUAACUGUGAGUCAAGCGUUGCCUUUGUGCUGCACUGUGACUUUUCCUCCGACAUUGCCUGUCCUGUAACAACUUGCUCUAAUAGCUCCAUGAGGUGGGAAAAGGUAAGGCAUGCUAUUGGGGGUCCUACCUCAGACCACACCAGCCUGCCCACUGGAUACUCACAAGGCUUAAGCUACUUCAUGCAUGUAAACACUGCAAAGGGUGAAAAGGGAGAUUCAGCCUGGCUUGAAACCAAGAGGGUGACUUCAAAGAGAAAGUGUGCUAUCAAGUGUUUGCAGUUUUAUUACUAUCAUAUGAACAGUGAAUCCAACGACCUUAACAUUUGGAUCCGAGAGUUUGAAAAUGAACAAGAUUUUGUUGGACGUCACCGUCUCAUUGGGAGGAUAUCUGGUCCACAGACCAAAAAGUGGCAGAUCAAGUAUGUCCCGAUAGAGACUUACAAAACCUUUCAGGUGGAGUUUGAAGUGCAAAGAGGAGAAGUACCAUCAACAGGAGGCAUUUCCAUUGAUGACAUCAAUCUGUCUGAGAUUCAAUGUCCACAUGUAACCCUCCAGAUUGACAGUCUGCCAGAAAUAUACAAUCAGACUGCACAAGGUUACACCAUUUACAGCUAUAACGUGUAUUCAACGGUGGGCUAUCGAUAUUCCUUUGGAGUAUCAAUGGAGCAUCCAUUUAUUGGAAUGUUUAUUCAACUUGUUUCUGGUAAAUAUGAUAAUGAACUGACAUGGCCAGUACCAGAUUCCCAGGUGACCAUGCAAGUGUUAGACCAAAGUCCGAACAUUCAGAGUCACAUGUCUUAUGAGAGAAGUACCGUCUCAGACUUGGGGCAGGUGAAUGGAAAUGGCACCUACCGCUGGGGCAAACCUGAAGACCAUGGAACAUAUUACAUUGAUGACUAUAAUCAAACUGUCUACUUUGGCCCAAAGAUUGGCAUAAAGAAUUUCAUACCAUAUGAGAAAAUGCUGUUAAGACACUUUCUGAAAGGAGGAAGUGCUGUGUUCAACAUAUUCUUUGAAGGUAGUACAGACAUUAUUCACAACAACUACGACCACCACAACCACCACAACUACGACCACAACUAUGACCACCACAGCCCACCGGACUUACACCACAAGUGA